AUGGCAGUCAGUUUCGAACAAAUGCAAGCCCUACUGCAACAGCAACAAGCCCAGUUUGAAAAAUCGCAAGCACAAUUUCAAAAGUAUCAAGCAAAGUUGAUCGAGACAUUGUCGCAAAUUGUUUCAAAGCAGCCAACCGCAAUAGCAGCAGCAACAGACAACGUUCCUUCACCUGAGAUUCUGACGCAGCGAAUCAAUCAAGACCCUGGCAAUCAAGGCAACGGUAAUCAAAACGAUGAUCAACAUGAUUCAAACGGCAGCCAAGACAAAACAAGCAAAACUGCGGAAGCCUUGCUGGCUGACAAUGAUGCAGAUGAAUACGAGGAAUACUACUCGUAUAAAGAAGGCCACGUUGGAGCCCACCAGCAGACUUCAAGCAAGCUAGAGAAGCUGGAUGUUGACGCCAAAGAUUUGUCUUCGCCAGCAAAAACAGUAACUGCUUUCCAUUCACAAAAAUACGAGCUGAAAUGUUACUCCUGA